AUGCCCAAAAGAGGAGAUUUAUUAGAAAUAGGUUUAACUCUUCUCGAAUGUGUUUUUGAAUAUCUCCAAAAAACAACUUUAAUAACUAAAAUACAUAGAGUUUUGGUGUUUGCUGGAGUUGCAAUAAUUGGUUUAACCGUAUUUACAUUCCUUUUACAACCAAUAUAUCAAGAAAGUCCAUUGAUAAUGGAAUUUUGGUUACCAACUGAUAACCCUUUUAUUACCGCGAUGCUUUGGUUGUUACAAAGCCAUAGUUUAUACGCUGCUUUGAUGAUUAUAAUUGGGACAGAUUCUUUAUUUGUUGCAAUGUGCGUCCACAUGUACGUGCAAUUAUUAUUGCUUCAACAAGAAUAUGGUAAAUUGGUGUUACCCGCUAAUUGUACUCCGGAAGAAGAAAUUGAAUGCCGGAAAAAGCUUAGAAUUUGUGUUAUACAUCAUCAAUUUUUAUUAAGAUUAUUUGGGGGAAUGAGAAAAGUUUAUUCACCGCUUUAUUUAGCUCAAUUUUUCUCAACUUUAAUUUCCACUUGUAUGGAUUUUUUUAUUAUUUCAACAAAUGCGGAAUCUCUUGAUAUCGCUGAAGUGAUCAACAAAUUCUUUUACGUUGCAACAAUUCAAAUACAAUUUGCACUUUAUUGUUUUCCCGCUGAAUACUUAACAGAACAGUUAAAAAAUCUAUCAGAUGCGGUUUACGCUUCAAAAUGGUAUGAAAGCAAACCGUCAUUUCGAAGGGAAUUAACUAUGGUUAUGGCAGCUUCUUUAAAACAAUCGGCUUUUACAGCUGGUGGAUUUUCUGAUGUCCGAAUGAGUACAUUUACAAAUGUAAAAUUUUAA